AUGAACGUACGAAGAAUUUCCUGUGCUUUUGUGAUAGCAUCAUGGAUCACAUUUUCUCUAUACUAUUAUGAUACAAUAUGUGCAGCUAUGAAGCCAGGAAUAGAAAUCCUAAUCAGCGCCAAUAAAGAUUUAAGUUUUGAAGAGAUUUUAACAUAUAAUGGUACAGAAGAUUAUUUAAUAAAAACACCAGGAUGUUACAUACCAAAUUACGGAAAAACUUUGAAAUUCCGAGAAGCAAAAAUAAUUAAACAUUUUUGCGGAACGAGAGCUGUGUUCAUAGAGAAAAUUUCUGAAGAAUAUUUAUUUAUCAAUAUUGAUGAAACAAUUAACGAAUACAGUAAAGGAAACGAUUACAAUUGUUGCUAUCAAUUUGUUACACCUGAGGUCGUUGAAGGCAUCACGGAUCAGAGAAAAAUAAGGUAUUCAUCUUGCGUGCCAUUUAAAAAUCAAACAAAAAUAGAGCUAUUAGAAGAAAUAAUCGUAGUAAAAUGUGCUACAAAAUUAAAAGUAGUUUAUGAAGAUGCUUAUAUAUUUGUAAAAAAAUUAAAAAGGCAGAAAUAUGACGAUUUAAAUCAAGAAACACCAUGGAACGUGCUAAUUCUAGGAAUGGACACGAUGUCAAGAGCACGUUUAAUCAGUAGUAUGCCAAAAACAGCACAGUUUUUACGAAAUCAUCACUGGCUGGACUUUCGGGCGUAUCAGAAAGUCGGGUACAACACAUUUCCCAACGUGAUGGCCUUAUUGACAGGAAGGAACCUGUCACAAGUACACGCGGAGUGUCACAAGAGCUUGGAUCAAUGCAAUGAUAUAAUGUUGUGGAGUUAUUUUAAGAAGGCCGGAUAUUACACUGCUAGUGGGGAGGAUUUCUUGCGUCUCCCAGACACAUUUACGAGAUAUGACGGGUUUAAAAAUGCUCCUACCGAUCAUUACAUGCGGCCAUUCUUCCUUACGGGCGAAAAUUCAAUAGGAAACCUUGUUUGUACAAAGAAAAGACCAUCCGCCAACCAUUUGUUAGAUUACGCACUAGAUUUUACGAAUACGUAUAAAAACGACAAAUUCUUCGGAAUGUUUUGGUUUAAUUCCUUUAGUCAUAAUUUAAAUAAUGUACCUGAACUCAUCGAUUCGAAUCUAGCAAAGUUUUUUGAGACCUUUCAUACAAAUGGUAUAUUAAAUAAUACUUUUAUUUUAUUUUUAAGCGACCACGGAUUGCGAUAUGGCGAAAUGAGAGUGCCAUACGAAUCUUAUUAUGAAGAACGACUUCCAAUGCUAUAUUUAUGGGUGCCAAAUGAUUUUAGGAGAAAAUACGAAAUGUUUAAAAAUUUACUUGUAAAUCAGAGCAGACUAGUCACACCAUACGAUAUAUAUGUUACCUUAUUGAGUAUUCUAGAAAUAGGUAAUAACACUGAGGAAAACUCCAUCGCAUGUCCAAACUGCUUCAGUAUUAUCAACGAAUUAUCUCCGAAUAGAACGUGUUCAGAUGCACACGUCCACGAGAAAUGGUGUAGUUGCCAUCCCUUGACGAAAGCAAUUAACCGCGUCGCUACCAAAAACGCAGUAGACGCAGCCAUAGAAGAUUUAUAUGAUAUUAUAAAAAAAAUCGAAACAAAAAAGUGUAUGCAAUGUGCAGAUCUCGAAUUGAAGAAAUUAUUACGUGCCCAUACUUACAACACUUUAAAUGCUACCAUUUUUGUCCUCGCGUUUAAAAUGACCCCAGGUGAUGUGUCGUACGAAGCUAGUGUUGAACAAAGGGGAGAUAACUUUACUGUAUUGGACACAACACAGACGAUAUCCGUGUAUAAUACAAGAGGCAAUUGUGUGUUGAAUCCCGUACACCGCGCCUAUUGUAUUUGUGUUAAACUUUGCUAA